AGGGGCUGUUUCACUACACGUCACCACUUGCUCAGCCUGUUCCUCUACUAUUCUUGCGCAAACACUCAAGCCCCCGACCUCAAAUAGAAUUUUUUUCCUUGAGUGUGAUCUUUAGAGUCCCAUCAGACGCCAACACUACCUGUUAGAAUAUUCACAGUAUCUGUGCCACACCAUGACGGCCUUCAAAGGAAUAUGGACAAGACAGUUCUGGACCUCCAUGGCUGGAGAGUUUUUAGCAGUUUUCCUUUUCCUGGUUGUAAGUUUAGGAUCUACAGCUGGAUUAAACUCACCUGGACCUAGUGAUACACACAUUGCCUUUUGCUUUGGAUUGAGCAUAGCUAUUUUGAUCCACUGCUUUGGGCAUAUAUGCGAGGUCUAUUUAAACCCAGCAGUGGCUAUGGCAAUGAUUUGUACUAGGAAGAUAACAGUGGCCAAAGGAUUCUUCUACAUAAUAAUUCAAUGUUUGGGGGCAAUAGCUGGGGCUGGUGUUAUUGCCCUCAUUACACCACAGGACCGGUGGCCAGUUGGCGUUACCAAGGAACAUGACACCAUAUCACAUGGCCAAGCCCUUCUGGUGGAAGCACUCAUCACUUUCCAGUUGGUCUUCACAAUUUUUGCUUCAUGUGACAAGAAGAGAACAGAAAUUAUGGUCCCCAUUCCUCUUAUCAUUGGAUUGUCAGUUACUAUUGGACACCUUUUUGCUAUUCAGUACACAGGUGCAAGCAUGAAUCCAGCAAGAUCCUUGGGAACAAGUGUUGUGUUUAACAAAUGGGACAACCACUGGAUAUACUGGAUUGGUCCAAUGAUGGGUGGCAUCCUUGCCAGCUUUGUCUAUGAGUACCUGUUCUGCCCAGACCCGGAGGUUAAGCUAAAACUGCAGGCUAGUUUCAGGAGAUCACAAAACGAAGAUGAAUCUGUCCAGCUCAAUGUGAGACCAGGAGGAGAAUACAACAAACUGGAAUCUGCUGCUUAGUUUCCAGUUACCUUGAGUCAUCACAUAAGACUUUAAUAAAAAACAUUGAUAUAAGUAGUAAAGCCAGUGAAGAAUGUUACUUCCAUUCUAGCUGCCUAUGG